UUUUAAAAAGUUGGAGGAAUUCUUUAAAUGAUCCAAAGAUUAGGGGUCAUGUUAGAAUUUUCCCAAGACUCGCAAACGAAAUUAAAAAAAACAGAAAGUACGAUGGACUAAACGGUAAAUUAAACUACUUCAUCAGAGGCAAAGUUCCUUGCUUUCGAAACCGAUCUGUUUCUUUUUCUGUCUUCCUCUGCGUUUUCAAUGAGCUAAGAAUCAAACAUCAUCAGAUGGUUCAACAAACAACAGACUCCAAAUUCAGUGAAUAUGGACUGCGGAAUCCAGAAAAUAACUCUCGCACUUUUGAUAAGCAACCUCCAGUUGGUGCAAAGAAGACACCAUUGAGAGACCUGCAGAAUGAAAAUAGAAUCGUGCCCAACUCCCCAGGAAGCUCCCCAUUUUCUAAAGAUAGAGGACCUGUUAUUGAUCCUAUUAAGGUUUCUGGAACUAAGAGACCAUCCACAGAAUGCCCUGUGAGCCCUUCAUACUGCCAAUCUCCAAGCAAUAGUGCUGCAAAUGGGCAUCUUGUCUAUGUCCGUAGAAAAUCUGAACCAGAAUUAGGAAAAAGCAGUGCUUUUGACUGUACCAGCACAAGUAAUUGCCAACACCUGAGGCAAGUUGGUCAACUGGAGGAAAGUAAUCAACAAAAAUCCCAAAUAAAGGAGCCAAACAUUUCUUGUUUUCCAGCAUUUGCACCACUUCCAAUGGCUUCCAUGACAAGUUCAUCCGCCAAAUCUUCAGUAACUUUACCUCUUGGAAAGUCUGCUAUGAGAUUAGCACCAUCAGACUCCAAUCAACAUCCAGUUGUUUCUGCUGCCCCUUUGUUGGAUAGUUCAAAGGAAAUUGAAAAACUUCACUGGGAAGAGCAGUACUAUCAAUUGCAGAUGCAAUUGAAAAAGUUGGACCAAUCUGAGCAGGAGGAUUAUACCCAGAUGCUUCGUUCUCUUUCUGCAGUUGAUCUCAGCAGACAUGCCAUUGAGCUGGAAAAAAGAUCAAUUCAGCUCUCACUGGAGGAAGCAAAAGAGAUGCAGCGUGUUGCCAUUUUAAACGUCUUGGGAAAAACUAUGAAGAUGGCUAAAGCACCCUCCACUUAACCAGAUCAGUUAAACAAAUAAAAGGCAUCAAGUGCAAGGUGGUGAGUGUUGUGAGUUGUAACAUAUCUGUAGAGAGCGGAUGCACACACGUGCACACUUGUGCAGUUUUUCCUUCCUCCUAGUUGUUCUGCAGUAAUUUGUGUGCUGGCUAUCUGGUAUGUACUGUAGUUCUCAACUCAGAAUAUCUUCUGUGUAUUUUUCCUGGCAAAAAGCUUUGGACACUGGACAGUAUCAAAUUCAAACUGUACUGUCAUAUAAUGCUGAAAUGAUCCUUCAAGUUACUGCUAUUAAGCCUAGUCUGUCCUGUUAAAUUAGCGUCUUACCAUUUAAUUUUUGGGAUUAAGUAUACUGAAGGUUCUACUCCAAUCAAUUCUAUUGAAUUUAAAAAUUUCAGGGUUAAAUUGUUCAGCCAGCGAAGUAGUCUGA